AUGAGUAACCCACAGAACUUUGACAUACACAAUUUAAGAAGGCUAGGUAAGAUAGGAGUAAGUGUAGGGGCAUUCCUUGGGUUGACAUCUUUUAGCAGUUGGUUAUUUAACAACAGUCUAUAUAAUGUCGAGGCAGGAAAGAGGGCCAUAAAAUAUAAUAGGUUGUUUGGACUAUCGAACAGAAUAUAUGGAGAAGGGACUCACUUUUUAAUCCCCUAUUUUGAGAGGUGUAUUAUUUAUGAUGUGAGAACGAAACCUAGAGUUCUUAUGUCCUUAACAGGAUCUAGAGACUUACAAAUGGUAAAUAUCACAUGCCGUGUUUUGUCGAGACCAAAUGAAAACAAGCUAGUAGAAAUAUACAGAACUUUGGGAAAAGAAUAUGAUGAAAAGGUCCUUCCGUCCAUCAUUAAUGAAGUGUUAAAAAGUGUGGUAGCUCAGUACAACGCUUCUCAAUUAAUUACCCAAAGGGAGGUGGUAAGUAAAUCUGUUAGGGAACAGCUGGUGCAGAGGGCCAAGGAUUUUAAUAUCCUUCUGGACGAUGCCUCCAUAACACACCUAAGUUUUAGUAAUGAAUAUGAAAAAGCUGUGGAAGCGAAACAGGUGGCUCAGCAGGAGGCUGAAAGGAGCAAAUACAUCGUUUUAAAAGCAGAACAAGAAAAGAAAUCCACAAUUAUUAAAGCACAAGGGGAGGCUGAAGUAGCCAAGUUAAUUGGACUUGCGGUGAGGGACAACCCUGCCUUCAUGGAACUAAAAAAAAUAGAACUCUCGAAGGAGGUCUCCAACAUCAUUUCGAAAUGUCAGAACAAAGUUAUGCUGUCCACGGACUCCCUUCUCUUCAAUUUUGCCAAGUGA